AUGUUGUGUUUCAAUUUGAAAAUAGCCACCAUCUUCCGGACCUACCGGGAGUCGGAUCCGGUCCGUGACCGGAGCCAGAGUUUGUUUACGCCUCCUCCCCGGGCGCCCCAUCGGGAUAUCGGUGCGCUUCGGGGGCUGCAGCGGCGGGCGUCCAGCGUGAUCACUUCCGCCACGGAGCUCAUAUCACGGAGGGGUGUUUUCUCACGGCGUCACUACGGCUCAGUGGAUCAGCUGCCACAAUCAGAAAUUGACGGGCUGGACCCGAACUGUCGGCGGUUUCGACUGGAGAAUGGUGAAUCGCUAGCGGAAAAGGAUGAGGUGUUUGGGUCACCUAGCACACCCAUCUUGGAGAACCCGGAGCAUCAAACGAGAUGGUAUUUCAAGUAUUUUCUAGGAAAACUUCACCAGAACUACGUAGGAAUAGAUUCCGAGAAAAACCCGUACUUUUUAUCCAUAGUCUCCCAGGACUCCGGUAGCAAAUGUAUGCCCCUGUACAGGGUCAUGGUUUUCCGGAAGCAGGGUGCUCAGAAGCUUGCCUUACCGUACAACCCCCAGCAGAAGCUAACGGUCAAGCAAAUUCUCUCGAAUUUUUCGCUUAUGGAUGCAAGCAAAUCACCCAAGGAGGUUUUUUCGGCUGACAUCCAGAAGGAUUUGCUACUGCUGGAGGAGCAGGAGGGUUCGGUGAACUUCAAGUUUGGUGUCGUCUACAUGAAGGCAGGCCAAAAGAUGGACGACGAGAUGCUGAGCAAUGAAUAUGGAAGCGCUGAUUUUGACGAUUUCUUGGCACUGCUAGGAGAGAAGGUGCGGCUCAAGGAAUGGGAACGGUAUCGUGGUGGUUUGGACGUGAAAGGUGACAUGACAGGAAAAUAUUCAAUCUACACUCUGUACGAAGGCCACGAGAUUAUGUUCCACGUAUCAACGCUUUUACCAUUCAGUCGCGACAAUCGGCAGCAGGUGGAACGCAAACGGCACAUCGGAAACGACAUCGUCAACAUCAUCUUCGUGGACGAGGGACCCAACGGCGAGGAACCAGAGUUCAAUCCGAACAACAUUAAAAGUCAAUUUACACACGUGUUUGCCGUCGUAACGAAGCGAAGCCGAAGAUAUCGGCUUUCGGUAUACUGUGAUGAAACCGUACCACCAUUCGGACCAACGCUGCCCAAUCCACCAGAGUUCGAAGAUCCUGCCGUGUUCCGGGACUUUUUGUUGGUGAAAUUGAUUAACGGGGAGAAGGCUACCUUCCAGACGCCAACGUUUGCCCGGAAGCGGGAACGGACCUUGGAGAUGCUCAUCAAGGACCUAUACGAGGAGUAUGUGCACGACAAUAAAAUGAAUAUGCUGAACCGACGAGCCUUCUCGGAGGUACUGUACGAUGCUCCCCGGACAUCCAAAUUGAAGGAGGACGCCCGUCAGGUGGAGUUUGUCCGUAUCGGCCAAGCACUGAAGCUGGAAGCCAUCGUACGGGGUGACGCCCCAACGAGUAUAGCUUCGGCAGGAACGGUAUUCAAGCGACCACCCUGGGAACCGCAGUGCUUCUAUCCAACAUUUCAGCCGAGAAACGAUCUGGUCGGUGACAGUUGGGGCCAGGACCAGUUGUUUUUGGCCUCGGACGAGGGAACAUAUCUGAUUAAGGAGGACCAAACUCAUAGGGUUGUGUUCGAUAGGACACUUUCGGUGAAACAGCUCAGUGUGAUCGAGGAUCACGGGAUCAUGUUGGUACGGGGAGGAUCUGCCGUGCAAAAGGAUGGCCACAGGGUGCAUGUGUUCAGGUUGAAUGAGUUCACCGAAGAUCGGUUAGGACAGAGAUCGCGGAUCGAUGUUAAGGAUCGUAGGAUAGACAAAACUAGAGGUUGCCAUCUGUUUGCCAUAUCGAGAGCGGGAGAAGCUCACCUUCGGAUGGCGGUGGCCGUCGGGAGGAAGUUAUUUAUUUUCCAGUGGAAACAUACAGCGGCCUGGACGUCGUGGUGUCCCAAUAGCGACAACGAUACGGUCGACGGUUUCAUUUUCCUUAAGGAGAUUACGCUGCAUGAUGCUCCAAUGAUUAUGACAAUACUGGAAGGGUCGUGUCCCAAUUCGGGGCUGUUAAUCUGCGUUGGCUAUAAAAACAGUUUCGAGAUUGUGUCGGAAGCGACUAGUCAUGCAACGAAGCUGCACGAAGCGGACACCAGGAAGCAAACGGCAGUCCACCUGGUUGCUGCACUGGAUUUGUACGACGGACAGGAUACGGAACUAUUGCUGUGCUAUAAUCAUACAUGUCAUUUUCAGAAACUUUCGGAAGAGUGUUCCAGUAGUUCAGAGUUCGAUUUUCAAUUCAACACUCCUCCAACUUCGGUUGUGUGUGCGUUUCCCUAUAUCAUUGCAUUUACGCCGGAUUCCAUGGAAAUACGCCUCCUGGUUAACGGCAAUCUAGUGCACACGGUCAUGAUGGCGGAACUGCAACUGAUAACGUCGAAGAAAGACAUCUACUUUGUAACCACCGCUCCGGAAUUUAUCCCCAAGGGUGCCAAAUUACGUGGUCCGGAUUCCGAGGAUCAUGAGCUCAUAAAACCAAGAAUCGAAGAAAGCAAAGUCGUUCCGGACGAUGACACAUCAACGAGCCCGGGCAGAAGCCGUCUCAGUUCCGACGAAGACAACAACGGUGCACAAAGUACGGAAGGUCAGGACAGCGGUUCCACCGAUAGUAAGACUUCGGGAUUGGUAACACCGCAAAUUCAGCGCGCAUCAUCGCUACAAACAUCCAAGCCGGAGGUGGAAAAACCAAAAGAGAGUACACUUUCAGCCGAAGACAUCAAAAGGCCGAUAUCGAAGAGCAAUUCCUAUGGCGAAGCUGGUUCUUCGUUUUCGAUACCGACCACUACGUGUAGUAAAGAUUUAGCCAAGCACUUUGGUGCCCAACCGCAGCCUAAUACGAAAAAUCUUUGCAAACAUUUUGGAGAACUUUCGGUUCCUCCAAACUCACCGCAAAAUAAUACGAUCAUCAAGGGAAGCUCACCAAAUUCUCCCCCUCGGAAGUCCUUCAUCCGACAACCAACCCUGAAUCUGAGCAAAUCCCAGCAAAAUGACGGUGAAACUUCCCCCUCGAAUGGCAAUACGACCAAACCACUACGAAUCUACCGGAUCCCAUUGACAAACCUGACCGGAACUCAUAUCCAAUCCCAUCACUACCACUACCCCAGUACAGACCCUUCGAAGAAACCAACAGCGGUUGCAACUAAAAUGCAACCGACCAAAACCAACGAGCCACCAAAUACCCUAUCCUCAUCACACGAGGAAGACGAACAAGCUGAAGGACCAGGCCUGAGCAGUUCCUGCGAAGACGAUGGAAAUUCCAAAAUGAGUAUAUUCGAUCAAAUUCAACAGGACCUCCAGGAUCUCAGUAUGAAGGACAAAAUAGAACUAGAUCAACAUGACGCCGAACUGCGAAAUUCCGUUCUGACGCCGCUGUAAGAAAACCAAAAAUCCAGAAAACUCCUCUAUUAUCAAACAACAGCUCAAACUUUUACAGCCCUCCAUAUUUUCACAUUUUCAUAUUCUCGUGCCACUUUACACACUCACUUACACACGUAUUGAUUGAACUCUAAAAAGUAACCUGUUAUGCAAGAUGUUGAGACCGUAAAAAAAAAACAAAAUCUAUCCUAGGUACAUAAGCAAACUAAAGAAUGAAAAGAAUAACGUUCAUAUUGUUGUCGAACAACAAGGUUUCACUUUAGAGAAAAUUGAACGCUAAAAAAGGACACACCGGAACAUAAAGGAGCGCGCGGGAAAAUGAUGGCGACAGAAGGAAAAUCUAUUUUCAAUUUUCUCCCGUCUAUCGUCCAGGGCAUUGUUACGAUUUUGAGUAGGUUUGAUAGUGAAAUGCAGGGAAAAAAAGGGCAUAGAAUGGUAGCGGCGACAUGAACGAAUCCUCCGGAGAGACAGUCCUGUUAUGAAGAAGGAAAUGGAAAAGGAUAAUUGGUUGGGCCUGCGUUGGGCACGAAGAGAAUACUGAAUAUCGAGGAGGAAAUUUUUUUAGGGAACAGUUUGUGAUAGAUGAGAAGCCUAACUGAAUGUGGAGAGGGGGUAGCUGGGAAACGUUUCGAUGGAAUCUUGACUGAGCGUUUUUAAAUGGUUUAUUGAGCAGUGCGUUUCAACCAUGGUAAAUCUCAGUCAUUUCCGGCAAUAGUGACAGAAUAUCUUUCGUCACUACCACUGGCGUAACUACGGGGGCUACAUCCCUCUCUAGGAUUAAUAUAGCCUCCUCUAGAAUUGUUACUACAAUUACUUAUUUUCCUUACACAUCAAAAUUGUUCGCUAAUUGCCUAAUAGAGAAAUUAAAAAAAUAAAUUGAUUACCCCUAGGUUUUUUCCUUAGUUACGCCAAUGGCCACUACCACGAGUUGAAAAUGAUCUACAUGAGCGACAAUGAAGCCAUUACCGUACAUGUGCAGUGAUUGUUGUUUGAUGGUGGUAUACGCAUAGAGGUAACUCUAAGACCAGCAGGUCCCGAAGAAACGUGCUCAACUUUUUGGCUCAGCUCUGGUACUAUCUUCGGUCCCAAGCUAAUCGAUUCACCCCUCGAAACAUAGGAAAAUCCACUAACCCCUAAUUUUAUCCGUCAA